UCAGUGGCGUGUCACCUAGCAGUCAGCUGUCGGUGGCACAGAUGAACCCACCCCCAGGCAUCAUCAGGACGGGACCAUGCAAGCCCACGAGUUACUCCAGUACUUUCGACUGCCAGAGCUGGUUGACCUUCGGCAGUACAUGCGCACACUUCCUACCAACACACUGAUGGGCUUCGGAGCUUUUGCUGCGCUCACCACUUUCUGGUAUGCCACAAGGCCCAAGGCCCUGAAGCCACCAUGUGACCUCUCCAUGCAGUCAGUGGAAGUGGCGGGUAGUGAUGGCGCUCGAAGGUCCACGCUCCUUGACAGUGACGAGCCAUUGGUGUACUUCUAUGACGAUGUCAGAACAUUAUAUGAUGUUUUCCAAAGGGGCAUUCAGGUGUCAAAUAAUGGCCCUUGUUUGGGCUCUCGGAAACCAGACCAGCCCUAUGAGUGGCUUUCCUACAAACAGGUGGAGGAACUGUCGGAGUGCAUAGGCUCAGCACUGCUGCAGAAGGGCUUCAAGGCCUCGCCAGACCAGUUCAUUGGCAUCUUUGCUCAAAACAGACCUGAGUGGGUGAUUAUUGAACAAGCAUGCUUUGCUUAUUCAAUGGUGAUUGUUCCACUUUAUGAUACCCUUGGAGCCGAUGCCAUCACGUACAUAGUCAACAAAGCUGAGCUCUCCGUGAUUUUUGCUGACAAACCAGAGAAGGCCAGAAUCUUACUAGAGGGUGUAGAAAAUAAGUUGACACCAGGCCUUAAAAUCAUAGUUGUCAUGGACACCUAUGGCAGCGAUCUGGUGGAGCAAGGCAAGAAGUGUGGAGUGGAAAUCAUCAGCCUGAAGGCGAUGGAGGGCAUUGGAAGAGCCAACAGAAGAAAACCCAAGCCUCCAGCAACUGAAGAUCUUGCAAUAAUUUGUUUCACAAGUGGAACUACAGGCAACCCCAAAGGAGCAAUGAUCACCCACCGAAAUGUAGUGAGUGAUUGUUCAGCUUUUGUGAAAGCAACAGAGAAUGCAGUGAACCCUUGCCCAGAUGAUACUUUGAUAUCUUUCUUGCCUCUCGCCCACAUGUUUGAGACAGUUGUAGAGUGUGUGAUGCUGUGUCAUGGAGCUAAAAUAGGAUUUUUCCAAGGAGAUAUCAGGCUGCUCAUGGACGACCUCAAAGUGCUUCAACCUACUAUCUUUCCUGUGGUUCCAAGACUGCUGAACCGCAUGUUUGACCGAAUUUUUGGACAAGCAAACACCACGCUGAAGAGAUGGCUGUUGGACUUUGCCUUCAAGAGGAAAGAAGCAGAGCUUCGCAGUGGCAUCAUUAGAAACAACAGUGUGUGGGAUAAACUCAUCUUCCACAAAAUACAGUCAAGCCUGGGUGGAAAAGUCCGGUUGAUGGUCACAGGAGCUGCACCUGUGUCUGCCACUGUGCUGACGUUCCUAAGAGCAGCCCUUGGCUGUCAGUUUUAUGAAGGCUAUGGACAGACGGAGUGCACUGCCGGCUGCUCCCUGAGUGUGCCUGGAGACUGGACGGCAGGCCACGUUGGUGCCCCAAUGCCUUGCAAUUUCAUAAAACUUGUUGAUGUGGAAGAAAUGAAUUACAUGGCUGCCAAGGGUGAGGGCGAGAUAUGUGUGAAAGGGCCAAAUGUAUUUAAGGGCUACUUGAAGGACCCAGCAAAAACAGCAGAAGCUUUGGAUAAAGAUGGCUGGUUACACACAGGGGACAUUGGAAAAUGGCUGCCAAAUGGCACACUGAAGAUUAUUGACAGGAAAAAGCACAUAUUUAAACUGGCGCAAGGAGAAUACAUAGCGCCUGAGAAGAUUGAAAAUAUCUACCUGCGGAGUGAACCUGUGGCCCAAGUGUUUGUCCACGGAGAAAGCUUACAGGCAUUUCUCAUAGCAAUUGUGGUACCAGAUGCUGAGGUCUUAGCUUCCUGGGCCAAGAAGAGAGGCUUUGAAGGAUCCUUUGAGGAGUUGUGCAGAAACAAGGAUGUCAAAAAAGCUAUCCUAGAAGAUAUGGUGAGAAUUGGGAAGGAGUCUGGUCUGAAAACAUUUGAACAGGUCAAAGGCAUUGCUCUGCACCCUGAAUUAUUUUCUAUUGACAAUGGCCUUCUGACCCCAACGAUGAAGGCAAAAAGGCCAGAGCUACGGAACUAUUUCAGGUCACAGAUUGAUGAACUGUAUUCCACCAUCAAGGUGUAAGGCGAGGAAGAAAGCGCAGAAGAGAUGGCACACCUCCACGUCCCUUCUUCUACUGAGGGCCUUCAUGUUGGGAAUUUUGACUGCAGCAAGCAUAGGGAAGGAAACGUCCGUGUUUGACUUGUCCAUUCAGGGUCUUGUCAUAGGAUUAUUAGAGGAAAUGGAACACUGCCUUACCAUCACCUCGUAUUGCAGACCAUAUUCAUGGUGAUAUACAAUUUCCAAAAUGAGCCUUAAAAUUGUAAAGGGGAAACUAUAAAAGUGCUAAGUUAUUUGAGACUUCCUCAGUAAUAAGGUGGGUGUUAAAACUUCUAUCUCCCUGUUUUUCUAACCAAGGGGUUAGGACUCUGCUGUUGCUGAAAUGUCUGCUGUGUGCUGCGAAUUCUGCAGCUGUCUGCUGCUCUGAGGAGUGCAAUGCACUGGAGGGAAGUUGUUCCUUGAGAAACAGGAACAACUGUCCUCGCUGGAGAAUAUCACAAGUGGACCAGAGAUUUUUUUUUAAAUCCCUGCCACCUCCCUUUACCAUCUCACAUGCACUCACUGAACCCUUCUGAUGUAAGGGUUCAAAACAAUCCCCUCCUGUUGUUCCUGCUGGGGCAUAAGGUUCCCCAUAAACCAAAGGACUGGUCUACCUUGGAACAAUGCGAGUGCUGAGUCUCAGAAGAAUGGCGGCCCGUCGGGGCGAGUGGCUUCUCAUCGUGCAGCAGGCUGCUGUCAUACUCUCCUCCAUACCUGGUUCCUCCCUCCAUCCUUCCCAGGGGUUAUGAAAAACCUGCCUUAGACUCUGCAGUGAAGACAGCAUUUCAAGAAAGAAUUACCUGGAUCAACUACGCUCACCUGUGAUGCCCGAAGAGCUGUCCACUUGAUCUUCACUGAACCACUCACUGUUUGUAAUGGCCAAUGGACUUUUAAUGUGGUUUUCAUAUCAAUUGAUAAUGUGGUGAUUAACUUGCCUUUUUGCCCCCCCAAAUGAACUCUCAGGCAAAGCAUGUCUUCAUAUAUAUUAAGGGAAUAGUUAUACUUGGGUAAUUAUUGAAAUGGAGGGUAAUAAGCAAAUGUUCUUAUAUCAUGAUACUACCUGAUCUCUGUGAACUAUAUUUGACAAGCCAAAAUUCUGAGAUGGAAAAUCAUUUUUUUUCCAGAAAUCUGGAAAAAUCAUUUCCUGGGAUUAACUUCAUAAGGGAUAUUUUUAAAGAUAAUUUGGGAAAUUAAUAGCAUUUCACUUUAGUGCAAGUGUUUGCCACAUUUGACUGAAUUUAGCUGUCAUUUUUACAUUUAAAGCCACUGUUGGAUAUGUGAGAGUAUGUGUGUUAUACAAGCACAACAGGGUUUGCACUAAGAAUUGUCAUUGUAAUAACACUAUUUGGUAGCCUAACUUCAUACAUGUAUUCUUAAUUGCACAAAACGUCAGUAAUUUGUCACAUUGGGGUUUUGAAUGUUUGCUUUAAGUGUUGCUAUUUCUAUGUUUUAUAAACCAAAACAGAAUUUCCAAAAACAAUGAAGGAAACCAAAAUAAAUAUUUCUGCAUUUGGAGUGA